CAAGUCAAGUGCUAGGUUCUGAGCGCACACAAACACACACAAACACACACACACACAUCGUGUCCAGGACCUCCGAGAGACUAGUUUAAGGGACGAGGCCUGAAAGAUUUUUAAGAUGAUGUUGGCGUCGCUUGUGGGGAUGUUGCUCCUGCAGAUGGGAGCGGCAACGAUGGAGAGAGCAAUUCAUGACUACAACGUCUACCACCCCUAUACUGAGAUUGACAGCUGGAUGACCGGGAUUCUGAUUGACAACCCGGACAUGGUGUCUAUUGAGCGCUACGGCCAGACCUACGAGAAGAGAGACAUCAACUUGCUCAGGAUCGGGGAGAGGACAGGGGCGAUGAAGAAGGUCGUCUGGAUGGACUGCGGGAUCCAUGCCCGGGAGUGGAUCUCACCGGCCUUCUGCCAGUACUUCAUCAAACAGUCUAUUUGA